UUAUUAUUAUGCAACAGCUUUGCAAGAGUUUUCCUUACUCAUCGACGAUUGAUUGAUAGGGAGAGAGAAAGGCACCUGUGACUCCAUCCGACGGUCGGAGCCUAUGCAACUCGUUCAACUCAUCAUCCCCAUCGAGUCCGCUCAUCUCACCGGCUCUUACCUCGGUGACCUCGGCCUUGUCCAGUUCAAAGACAUUCAGGGUGCCUUACAUAAGGCAACCCUCGACUCCAACUAACAGCUCGACGUGAUUUUCCAAGUCCUGUGUUCACGCGAGAUGCUGCCAACCUAUUUUAGAACUAACAAAUUCACUGCAGCUUUCCAAGUGAUGGUCGAUGCUUGUGGGUGAGUUUGCAGAUUAAUUUGGCUAAUCUUUUAAAUAAGUUGUAGUCGUAAAUUCACUGUAAAAGAUUGACUUGACGAGAAACUUGUGAAUUGUGAUGAGGGAAUGCAAUCAUUAUUGAUCUGGUCAAGUGACACCUAAGCAACUUGACUCUUAUCUGAAAUCAAAACUCUUAAAGUUGACCUUACUUGCAAGCAUUGAAUCUCAUGCUUUUCUGUGAUUUCAAUCAAGAAUAAAAUGUUGUAAACCAUAAAACUUACACUAUAUAUAAUAUAUAUACGUCUGUGUGUGUGUGGUGUAAUAUGACCACACAUAACAUAAGAAACAGAGGAAAAAAACUUAUUUGUUUAUUAACUUUGAGGAUGGUUUCUUUUAUAGCUUUGUUGAGUUUGAUUUUGAACAUCUUUGCUAAUGAGUGCCUUGGAGGGAUCACAAGUAGUUUUGUGAGGAAAUUCGAUGAGAGCGAGGAUAUGCCUCUCGACAGCGAUGUCUUCCGUGCGCCUCCUGGCUACAAUGCGCCGCAACAGGUUCACAUAAUUCAAGGAGACCAUGUCGGAAAAGCCGUGAUCGUGUCAUGGGUGACGAUGUCUGAACCGGGUUCGAACACCGUCUUAUAUUGGAGCGAGUCGAACCCCAGGUGCAAGCUUAAGGCUAAGGGUACCCGCAGCAAGUACAAAUUCUACACCUACACAUCUGGCUACAUCCAUCACUGCACAAUUGAGAACUUGCAGUUCGACACUAAAUACUACUACCUGGUGGGCUACGGCCAAGCGCCCAGGAUUUUCUCGUUCAAAACCCCCCCUGAAGUUGGUCCUGAUGUUCCAUAUACAUUUGGUCUCAUAGGGGAUUUGGGUCAGACUUAUGACUCAAACUCGACUCUAACGCAUUAUGAGUCAAAUCCAAUCAAAGGGGAGACGGUUUUGUUUGUGGGUGACCUGUCAUAUGCGGAUAAGUAUCCGAAUCACGACAACAAUAGAUGGGAUACUUGGGGAAGAUUUGUCGAGAGAAGUAAUGCUUAUCAGCCUUGGAUUUGGACUGCUGGCAAUCACGAAAUCGAUUAUGCCCCCGAAAUAGGUGAGCCGGAACCAUUUAAGCCUUACACUAGCCGAUAUCCCGUUCCGUAUAAAGCAUCAAACAGUACUUCACCCCUUUGGUACUCAAUCAAGAGGGCUUCGGCAUAUAUCAUUGUUCUAUCAUCAUACUCGGCUUUUGGCACGUACACUCCACAGUACUUCUGGUUAGCAGCCGAGUUCAGAAAGGUGAAUCGAGAAGAGACACCAUGGCUGAUUGUUCUUGUCCACUCGCCAUUUUAUAACAGCUACAAAGAUCAUUACAUGGAAGGUGAGACCAUGAGAGUGCUGUUCGAACCAUGGUUCAUCGAGUACAAAGUCGACAUAGUCUUUGCUGGUCAUGUCCAUGCCUACGAACGAUCUGAGCGCAUAUCAAAUUCUGCAUACAAUAUCACAAACGGAAAGUGCACUCCAUUGUAUGACCAAUCUGCCCCUGUAUACAUAACCAUCGGCGAUGGUGGAAACAUUGAGGGCCUGGCCACCGCCAUGACAGAGCCACAGCCCGCAUAUUCGGCCUUUCGUGAGGCAAGCUUCGGACACGCGACUUUAGAAAUAAAAAAUAGAAGCCACGCAUUUUACAGCUGGCACCGUAAUGACGACGGGUACGCCGUGAAAGCCGAUUCCAAGUGGCUUUACAAUCGCUUUUGGAAUCCCAUGGACGAGACCGUGGCUAGCGCAUGACGGGGAUCGAGCACGAGUUGUCGAUUUUUUCCGUGGCUCUAUCUUUCUAUUUCUGAUGGAAUUUCCUGAGAAGGGUGACAUAUGAGGAGUAGGAAUUGUCAGUAGCCUUUUGAACUAUGAAUCCUCGAGUUCGAGAAACUUUAACGUGCGUCUCCUUGCCGUCGUCAAUUUUAAAGCAGUUAAUAGGACACACAAAAGAUGUCACAGGUUUGAUUGAUUGGUACUAUUUAAUCUUUUCUUCAUGUCUAUACUGGUUUUUAUUUCUAUCUGUAAAACCACCCGUUAAUUGAAUCAUCUUGUAUUAUAUGCCACUUUGUGAAUGGUAACUGCCCAGAUGCAUCAGCUGUGCACAGUGAUUAUAUGCAAUAACUCAAUAUCUUAAAUGACAUAGCUCCAUAAGGAGAAUGGUCUAGUGAGUUACUGUAUUGUUAAUCCCUGUUGUUUUUGUUUCAUGUUCAUCUGGACAAUCGAACAGUCUCUUCUGAGAAAAUCAUAAAUGAUUUAUUCUAUGAGAUUUUGUGCAAUUAAAAGCAGAUUUUUUUUUUUU